AUGUCCGACAAGAUUCCGAAUCCAUUGUACACCGAUGAGGCGAGGAUAUCGCGACAUCGACGCCUGCAGCCCGAAGGGCGAGACAGCAGUCUAGAGAUGAAGCUCUGUUCGAAGCCAAGGCUUCAUAGUAGUCUCAAGGGAGAGCGAAGCAGAAAGCUACCGAUAGCAGAGAUCGUGAAGCGUGAAUUUGAACCAUGGCGAAAGCUGGCCGAAACAAGCUGGAUUCCCGGUUAG